AUGGAGGCGUUGGAAAACGCCAAGCGGGGGCUGCAGCUUCUCCGAGAGGAAGGCAUGAAAAAGAUCAAUUUCGUUUGUGGAGAACCGUUUUUAUACCCAAAGUUCCUGGGAGCCUUAGCGGAAUUCUGCAAAAGGGAUCUUCAGAUUGAGGGAAAGGGAGCCCACCUCCGGGACAUGGCCCGGGUGGCAGACCUUUGCCAAAAGUACGGCAUCAGGUUUAAGCUCAACACCGUUGUUAACAAGUACAACUUUGACGAGGAUAUGGACGAGCAUAUUACAGCUCUCAAUCCCUUUCGCUGGAAAGUGUUCCAAGUGUUGAUUAUCGAAGAGGAAAACGGCUCAGAAUCUACCCUACGCGAUGCUCGGCAGUUUGCCAUUACGGAAGAACACUUCCAGCUGUUCUGCAAAACCCAUGAGAAUCAUAAAUGCUUGAUUCCGGAGUCGAAUACUGUCAUGAAGAGCUCCUAUCUCCUAAUGGAUGAAUACAUGCGAUUCAUAAACAAGGGCGUUGGCGCUCCCUCCCCAUCCAUUCUCGACGUCGGUGUUAUGGAGGCGCUACGACAGGUUUACAGGGAUGCGGAGAAUUUUCAUCAGAGAGGUGGAAUAUAUGACUGGAGUACAAAGACGGCAGACUGCUCCAAAGACCCGAAACUCGAUUUUUAA